AUGCUUAGGCGAGCGGCCACGGAGGCGGAGCCAGCCGGAAAGCGACGAAUCGCUUUCCGAGCCCGGCCUGCCGCCGCUUCUCGAUUGGCCGGAAUCCAACAAUCGGGGCGGAGCAAAAGCCCGGCCGGCUGGCUUUCCGUCCCUCCCCUUUCCCCGAGGCAGGGGAAAGAGCAAGCGGCACAGGCGGCGGCCAUUUUGGUUGGUGGAGGUAAGAGGAGGAGGCGGAGGCGUUUGCCUGUAAAGGGUCAGAGGCAAAGGUGAGGAGAGCGAAGGGGCUGCCGCGUCGCUGGGCUCCAGUGGUGUGGGGCUGAGGGGGUGCUCUGAAGGGAUGGGAUGUUUAAAUAGGUGGGGUGCGGUCUUGCAAAAUAAAAGGGAUACAAGGGAGGAGGCGCUGUAGUAUGUGGUGCCGCAGGACCCGCAGUGUGUCGCUUUGCACCGCUGCCGUGGCCCCUCCAAAACGGGGUCUGGAUGCAGGAAUGGUUUGCCCCCGGCGUAUGUGAGAUGCAAUCAAUGCAACAGGGUGGUAGCCAACAGACACCUGAAAGGUGACUCUUCUAUGCAAAGCUCACUGUUUGCAACAUUUGCAACGUUUCUACGUGUAUCCGUGUCAGCUGAUAAUAACAGCUCUAGUGCACAUGGGGAAGACAGCUCCGGUGCACAAAAGCAAAGGCCUCAAUGAAAUCCUUUUAAAAACAAAAAAAGGAGUCAUUUCAUGUAUGUUUUUUAAUGAGGGACUCUCUGUUAGUUUUCAUGUAAAGAUGCAGAUGAAAUGGAGCCUAAUGAGAAGCGUUUAAUGUUGUGAACCGCCCCUGAGAUCUGUGGAUGUUGGGCUGCAGACCAAUCAAUCAAUAAUUAAAUAGCUAUUUGUUUAUUUGUUUGUUUUGCAUUUUAUUUAUUUUGCAUUUGUUUUGAUGGUUCUGGAGUGUGUUGCUUUCGUACAAACAAACAAACAAGAUAUCCGUCCCCGCUCACCCCGGAUCCCCAUUUGUUGUGUUUGUGUUGUGGAUCUCAGUGAGGAUUAGAUACUCUGCAGUCGUAGGAAUAUAUUGCGUUGUAUGGAGCAGCCAUGUUCUGUUAUGAUGUUGCUUUUAAAUCUGGUGCAGCUGCUGGCCCAGCAAAUGCUUGAAGAAAGGGAAAGAAACUGCAGAGGAAGAUGAGUGCAGAAGCUGCUGACCGGGAGGCCGUCACUUCAAGUCGACCUUGCACACCUCCCCAAACAUCCUGGUUUGAGUUUUUGCUAGAGGAGUCUCUGCUGGACAAACAUCUGAAAAAAGUUUCGCCUGGUUAGUAAUAUCAAAAAAUCUACAGAGAACAAGAGAGCUUGACUGUGUUGUUUCUGAUGGAAUGGUUAGGAUUCUCCUUAGUUCUAUGUAUAGGAAUUCUUUUGUUGUGAGCUAAAUUUGUUACUUGUCAUUUGAAUGUGGCUGUACAGUUAAGCUGCUUAAAUCCCAUUGAAAUCAGUGGCAUUCCUAAGGGAAUGCCACAUAUUAUGAAUGUGUGAAUGUUUAGCAAAAAAUGUAUAAAAGGUAUCAUAUUGAAUAGAAAUAGGGCAAACAUUUGCAAGCACACAUCAUAAACAUAGCCAUGAUUGGUUACAGUGUUCAUUUGGUGGUAGACCUGAGUUUGUGUCUGUGAUGUGUGAAAGGGCCAUAAAUGCAGGGUUGUAAUCUUCAUCAGUAUUAAAUAAUCAGACAAGUUUGUUUUCUCUAAAUAAAAAAUCAUCGCUGCCCGUUCAUCCUGGAAAGAAUGCUGUUUGCUUUGUAUUGGUUACCUCUUUUUCUCUAGUAUUUUCAUCCAGAACAAACUUUUCCAAACCUGUCUUUUCUGCCCAGUAGAUCCCUCACCUGUUCAGCUAAUCGUUCAGUUUUUGGAGCAGGCUUCCAAACCUUUGGUGAAUGAGCAGAAUCAGGUCCAGCCUCCACCUGAUAACAAGAGAAACCGCAUUUUGAAAUUGCUUGCUCUGAAAGUUGCAGCACAUUUAAAGUGGGAUUUGGAUGUACUGGAGAAAAGGUAUCAGUGGACUUCUUGGUUAAUGUUGUUAACAUAUAAUCAAUGGGGAACUUGCAGCUCUUGGGAAUUGUAGACCAGAAACAUCUUAUUAUCUCCCACCAUUAGCCAUACUGUCUGGGCUGAUGGGAGUUGUAGUCCCACAUCAUCUGGAGGGUCCCAGGGUUUAGACAGCAUUCAUUUUUUAAAAAAUUUUUUACAUAUUUUGUGCACGUUCUCUCUGGUUUUUAUUGUUUUUGUUGUCUUAGAGGAGCACAUGCCAAUACAAAUGUAUGCUUUAAAAAGUACCUACAAUGCUAUAUUAAUAAUUAUUAAUCAUGAUUCAGCAAGCCUGCUGAAAGUAAACAAGUCUGGUCAGGGCCUGCAUGGGAGAACACUUGGAAACCUGAUGUAUGCUACCUUAAGUUGUAUUGCUUUAAGGAAGCUUUGUAACGAAGUACCAUUCGGUAACUUCUGCAAUCCUUGGUCUUUUAUUCAGUUUAUCGGUUCCUGUAUUGAACAUGCUGCUGAACGAACUGCUGUGCAUUAGUAAGGUUCCUCCAGGAACUAAGCAUGUAGAUGUGGACCUUGCCAGUUUACCUCCAACCACAGCAAUGGCGAUACUACUCUACAAUAGAUGGUGAGAACGUCAUUGUUUGAGUGUCAUUGAUGUAAUUCAAAUAUGGAGACAAGUGUUAAGAUUAAAUUAAUCUUGAUUAUAUUGCUUAAACUAAACUGGUCUAAUUUGAUAGUCCUAUGACAAAAAUGUUGUAUGCACAUUGGUUUGCAGUUUUCUUUGAGAUUUAAACCAGCAGUUGUAAUAAAUCAUUAUUUUCAAUGUGUACGUAGACCCCUAACUAUAAUAUUAUUUUGUAACUUACAUAAAAGAUCAAGGAAAAUUAUAGGGAUAUACUGUCACGUUAUUGAAUCGGAGGAGAGGUUGACCACAAUCCCAUUUUAAAUGUGGUGUAGAGUCUUAGAUCUAUUUGUUGCCAUUUUUCUUGGGUGGGGCAUAUGCAGUCAUGGAUAAAGUUUCACAUAUUUUUCCUUGUAAAAUAGCUUUUUGAUACGUAGGAGCCAUGCAAGAAAAAAGUUGGCAACUUCAUGUGCAAUACUAUACAUGAUAUUUUUUAGAAUCGGAUAGGCUGUUGGUGCUUUUUGAUAACUUGUGACUAUCACACUUUGAGUGCUGUUUUAAUGUAGCACAAACUUUUGUUUGAAGCUGUAAUAAUGGAUAGAGCUGAUAAUAAUAAUAAUAAUAAUAAUAAUAAUAAUAAUAAUAAUAUUUUUUAUUUAUACCCCGCCCUCCCCGGCCAGAGCCGGGCUCAGGGCAGCUAACACUAGUAAAAUUACAGUAAAAACAUAAUGGGGGCAAAAAAACAAUUUAAAAAUCAGGUUGUUUCCAUGACUGAACUGUAUGCUUAUCACUUAACUUUCUUUUAAUAGGGCUAUUAGGACCAUAGUCAAAAGCAGUUUUCCUGUCAAACAAGUGAAACCUGGUCCACCUCAGUUAAAUGUGUAAGUUUGUGCAUCUGUUUCAGACCCUUACAAACAAUACAUUAAUCAACUUAACUCUAAUUUUAGCAAGGCAUAGCAGUGGUUUAACAUCGUAGAUCAUUACAAUAAAUAUUGUUCAGACGUUUAAUAUUAUUGUUGGUUACAUGGUCAAUUGAAACUUUACUGUAUUUUUUUUAAAAGGGUGUGUGUGCAUGCUGGUAAACUUUUUUUUUUUUAAAGAACUCUGCCACUGAAUUGAUUGUAGCUGAGAAUAGGUUCUGGUCCCAUUAGAGCAAAUUAUAUUCAGAAAAGUUUUGUAAAAUGCCUAAAAUUUAAAAACUGAAUCAAUUCUCUAUUACUGAAGUGUUGUUGGAGAAAUUUAAAAUGCCGUAAACAAAUUUUUUUUGUUUGUUUUCUUAAAUUCAGAAGAUGUAAGCUGUUUUGGAAAUCUAAAUAUAGGGGCAUCCAUUUAAUAUUGCUUUGAAUGGUACGCUCAUUGUUGCUUUUGCCUUUUUUAUUUAGAAUGAAUCAGGUUCAGCAAGAAAAGGAAGUAACAGAAAAUAUCCUGAAAGUAGUAAGUGCCUUUUUCUUUGCUAGAUGUGAAUGUGAAGGAAAAAAUGUGGAACUUUGGAUCAAUGUACUGAAUUUAAACCCUUCCUGGAUAAAUAUGGCCCUUCGUAACUUUCUUUUCUUUUCAAUAGUUUAUUUGCCAUAGCAUAUAUUCCAAACAUUCUCGUGCUCUUAAAAACCAUAGAAUAACACGUCAUGUUCUCCAAUCUCAUUAAAAGGAAGGAAUACAUUAAGAUGUGAGUGAAAAUUAAGAUGUGAGUGUAUUAACAGAGCAACUCCUCUUGCUUUAUUGGAGACACUGGCUGUAAAUUUUUGCCCAACCCAUGACUGUGUAAAUAAAUAACUGUCUGCUUUAUGAGUUCCUUGCAAGAAUACUUAUGUGUGGGUCCAUUUUGUAUAAAUAUGUUGCCAUUCUGGCCUGUUUUACCACAUUUCCCAGUCCCUUCACAUUUGAAGUAAUUAUGUUGGUGUCAGUACUCAUUCUGACAGGUGGCUAUUACCGUAUUUUUCGCUCUAUAAUACGCACCCGACCAUAACACGCACGUAGUUUUUAGAGGAGGAAAAUCCGUAGGCAUGCCACCCAUAGCCAUUGCCUCCAUAACAUGCACAGACAUUUCCCCUUACUUUCUAGGAGGAAAAAAGUGAGUGUUAUGGUGCAAAAAAUACGGUAAUUACCCCCCCAAUUAAGUUCUUCUAUAAAGUUAUUGUCAUUAUGGCAGAUAGCAGUGAGCGACUUCCGUCGCUGUGCAGGCGAUGUCGGCAAAGCAGGUUCUUGAACACUAGUUUCUAAGAUUUCCUGUGCUAAGGAUCUACAGUUCCUGAGUCCCUGAUCCACGCCGCUAUUAAGUGUCCCGUGUGGCGCUGUGGGUUAAACCACAGAGCCUAGGACUUGCUGAUCAGAAGGUUGGCGGUUCGAAUCCCCGCGAUGGGGUGAGCUCCCGUCGCUUGGUCCCUGCUCCUGCCAACCUAGCAGUUCGAAAGCACGUCAAAGUGCAAAUAGAUAAAUAGGUACCGCUCCAGCGGGAAGGUAAACGGCGUUUCCGUGCGUUGCUCUGGUUUGCCAGAAGCGGCUUAGUCAUGCUGGCCACAUGACCUGGGAGCUGUACGCUGGCUCCCUCGGCCAAUAAAGCGAGAUGAGCACUGCAACCCCAGAGUCGGUCACGACUGGACCUAAUGGUCAGGGGUCCCUUUACCUUUACCUAUACUGUCACACCUUGGGUUACAGACUCUUCAGGUUGUAUUUUUUUGGGUUACAGACCGCCGAAACCCGGAAGUACUGGAACAGAAGUACUAAAUCGUGCUUUGCACAUGCGCAGAAGUGCUGAAUCGCAACCUGCACAUGCGCAGACGCGCCACUGCAGGUUGUGAAGGCUGCGGGUUGCGAACGUGCAUCCUGCACCGAUCACGUUCGCAACCCGAGCAUCCACUGUACUAUACGCGGUUGCUGCAUCUUCUGUGCAGGCAGAUGUGCUGUUACGUCCGCUGCUAAGUCCUUCACCCAAGUUUUGGGUGAAUCAAUGCAGCAAAAUGCAGCAAAAUGAGGGACUCCAACAAGCCGUGAUGCUACUGCCUUAUGUGGUGAACCCAAUUCCUGAUCCUCAAGCUCCCUCAUUGAGAGCCAGGCUGAUGUUGUGACCAUACCUGCCUCACUGUAACGUUUUUUCCCCACCGAAUCUCAGAUUUUGCUUGCUGAAGGGGACUGGACUGUGCUUGUGUUUCGUAUUUUGAUGAAUAGUUCCUUGUGUGAGGUGGUAUUGAGGAUAAUGGGUUUUCGUGAAGACUCCUUGGAUUGAAAAUCGAUUGGGUAUGUUGUAGGAAUCUUGAACUCUGCAGAAAUCUUUAAAAGACUGGAUUUCAAAAGUUCAAGCCUUCUGAUAAUCCCUUGUUGCUCUUCCAUUGGGAGGUUUUUAAAAGAGCAUUUCAAAUUCUCCUCCCAGUUGCAGUUGUCUUUGGUUAAAUCUUCUGAUUCCAGGCACUUGAUCAGAUUCUUUGAGGGGGCGUUGCUUAGGCUAUUUUGAAUUCUCCUUAUUGGUGUCCUGUUGUUGUUGUGAUGGACAGCUGCUUUAGGGUUACCUAAUAAUGGCAAUAUAGUCAAAUUUUUUAAAAGCUUGUGUUGGAAAAACUCCCAUAUCAGUCAGCAUAGACUUGGCAUGUUGUAACAUUGUCAGGAUACUGGGACUCCUGAAAGAUAGUAAAACUUUCUGUGUUUGUUUGGGGCAGAUCAGAGACUCUUUUAGCUGAUAGAAAUGUGGACCAAGGUAGGAAUCUGCCUUUAUGGGUGCAUAUUGUAAGGUUGACUUGGUUUGCUUGCAGCACUAAAUGUUGCUGCUCUUUCAUUUCACUGCCAGACUUCUGGCUUGAGUUCUCUCAAGGUUUGGAACUCUCUUUUUUGUCUGUUUGUUUAUCUCCUUAGCUCGUGGGGCGUUAGAGGAGGUACCUUUGAAACCCUGUGACAACUCGAGUAGAUCUCCCUACCGAGUGUCCCCUUGACCUUACUGAUCAAAAUAUUCAUUUUGGAAUGUAGUAAGUUCAGUGUUUGACAAAUCAAUUGUUUUAGCUGUCAUUAGAAUCAGCUCAGCUGGGUUCUCCUGAGUAGCACUCGGGUUCGUCUCAGCCUUCUGGGGUUCUGAAUUUGCCUUAUUAUGAUUGCUGUUGGGCUCCCCGAUAGUGCUGAUAGGAUCUUCAUAUGAAUCUCCAUGUACUUCAGGUAGCACUGCAAAGCGAUUGUGAAAGGGAACUUGUGCAGACGUAGCAAGACAUGUUGAGGGGGGGAAAUUCCAAUCUUAGACUGUUUAGCUGUGGGGGGGGGGUGAGUAGUCCUCAAUUUCUCUAAAAUGUUUUUUUGGCCCCCUGAUCAUCCUUCCCACCAGUUAGUGUGCCAGACUGGUCAGAGGGCAAUUAAAAAUUACAGAGCAGCCGGCUUAAUUAAGCAUAGGUUUACUCUAGAAACACUGUUGUUGUUUUUGAGUGAGUUGAACCUCCCGCAACCUCUUAUCAGCAUUAAUAGUUGAAGCUGCUUGGGCGGCUGGGGCAUGUUUUGACUACUGCCAGCUUUAUCUUCCAAGAAUACUGAAUAAUUUCCUUUCAGGAACCCUACAUUUCAGAUAGCUGGGAAACAGGUGGCACUGUGGUCUAAACCACCGAGCCUUGGGCUUGCCGAUCAAAAGGUUGGCGAUUCGAAUCCCUGUGACGGGGUGAGCUCCUGUUGCUUGGUCCCAGCUCCUGCCAACCUAGCAGUUUGAAAGCACGUCAAAGUGCAAGUAGAUUAAUAGGUACUGCUCCGGCGGGAAGGCAAACGGCGUUUCUGUGUGCUGCUCUGGUUUCGCCAGAAGCGGCUUAGCCAUGACCUGGAAAAACUCUGUGGAGCAGACAAACGUCGGCUCCCUCAGCCUGUAAAGUGAAAUGAGCGCCGCAACCCCAGAGCCGUUCGCGACUGGACUUAGCUGUCAGGGGUCCCUUUACCUUUACACUUCAGACAACUGUAAGUCUGUGUAUAGGCUGAAUGUAAACUCCCCCCUCUGAAUUAUCUUGCAGCUACUGUCCUCAGUUCAAUUAAUUAGCUUAUGUAGGUAACAAUUUAAGAUUUUAAGGAGGUUUUCUCACCGCUGCUGUAUCGUAGUCGUCAUCUUUCUUGUAACUUUCCUUUGACCCUGUUUGUGCCCUCUUAUUUGUGGUCUAAUUCCGGGUCCAUGUUAUAAGAAAGAGUUUGUUCAAGGAGGUCGGGGUGGAGAACCUCUGACCCACGGGCCUAAUUUGGUCUGCCAGGUCAUUUUGGCUAAGUCAUUCCCACCUGCUCCUACACCUUGUGUCAUAUACGAUGUAAGGUAUGGGAUAGAUAAAAACCUGUCUCAGGGAUUAGCUGAUUGGCAGUGUCUGUAAAACCCUAUGCAAAGCGCUGUGUGAAAUAGUGCUUUAAAGGGGGCUACUGGAGACAACUUUGGGCUAAAAGAUCACCUGGUGUCAUUUGUGAGGUCAGUUGACGGACCCGUCACACUCUACCUGGAAGGGGGUGGGACACAUAAUGAUCUGGUCUGCCGGACAGAUGCAGCUCCCCAACCCGAAGGAAAUGUUCUCACGUAUGUGUAUUGUGGUGCAAGGAACUAGGCCACAAAAGCACUGGAAGAAAGAGCCAGGCUCUUUUCACAAGUUACUGGUCUUAUUCCCUCAUUCAUUCAUAUUUUUAUUUAUUUAUUUCUUAAAUUUAUUUGCCACCCUUCAUCACAAGAUGUCAGGGCUGUUCACAGAAUAAAAUACAAGAUAAAAACACAAGUAAAUGAUUGAAACAAAAGCAACAAUAAUCUUCUCUUCUCACAGGCACAUUUAAAGUUGGUGUAUAAUUUUAAUCAGCCAAAGGCCUGGUUGAAGAUUGUGAUUGAAUUCAGUAGGACUUGCUUCUGAGUGAGCAUGUUUAGGACUGUGAUGUUACUUCUGAAGUGUGCAAGAUAAUCUGAACCGGAAGCCAAUUAAAGGGUUAUUGUUUGGGGUUAAGUAAGUUAGUAAGAUCCUAUGCUGCUUACGGAGUAAAGGAGAACUUUCUGCUAAAUAUUCUAAAUAUAAUGAACACAUUGAAUAAAUAAGUGGCAAUAAUAACUGGAUACAUGCAUUUCUUUGGGUCGUUACAGCUAAAAGAACAGGCUGCUGAUUCCAUUCUGGUCUUAGAAGGAGCACUCAAAUUAAAUAAAGAUCUUUAUAUUCACACAAUACGGACUCUAGAUUUGCUAGCCAUGGACCCUGGUGCGGUUAAUGGAGAAACAGAGACUUCCACAGCGGGAUUCAACAUCAGUGCUGAGGAACUGCAGUGUCAGGUAUGCCAGACAUUUUGCCUGAAAGCAUAGCUGCUGAAAUGGUGGUGCUUAUGAUGCAAUUCAUGAUGCCUCAAAGCACCACUAUUAUUCUAUAUUCAAGCUUCCUUGAUUUACCUGUGGCUUCUAAGCUUAUUUCAUAUUUAAUUAUUUCAUAAAAUGCAUAUAUCACUUGAAUGUGUAUUUUAAAAAAAAACAAAACUCAAAGUGGUUUACAAAAAGUAAGCUUCAAGUAUGGAGUCUUACAAUUAUCUCUAGGCCUCUGUUCCUUUCCCAAUUAUUACUAAGUUCAAUUUGGAUAUUUUCCAAUUGUUGGAAACGCAAGGAAAACCCAUAUUCAAGCAAAUAUGUACCACAGAGUCUUCGACACUCUGAGCAUAGUCAAUCUUUUCCUUCAAGCUUUUCUCAAAGAUUGUGGCAGACACAGAGAUUUUAUAUAUCUACCAUAGUUUUGUUUGUUUAGAUAAUUUAUAUCCUGCACUUUCAACAUAGAUUUAUGUUCCCACAGCGUAAGAAACAAAAAAUAUAAUUUUGAAAGAAAUGCUGCUUGUUUGUGUUUCAGGUCUGCUAUGAUUUAGGUGCCAUCUAUUUUCAGCAAGGUUCCACAGAUUCUGCUCUUUAUGGAAACGCCAGAGAGAAAUUUUUUAGAACCAAGGAACUGAUUUCAAAGGUAAGUCAUUCAACAAUAGACAGCUCAUUUCAGUUUUUGCAUGUGUAACCAAAUAUUUCACAUUCAUGCAAUGCGAUCUAGUGCUCACUUUAACUAGAUAUAUCCUGUGAGCAAUUUGGGUUUACCUAUUUGGGUUUCCUGAUCCUUUGUCUUAAGUACAAGAAAACUGAGUUUUCCAUUGGAACAUGUAAUGCAUAAUGUUUAUACAUUUAGGAAAUGAUUUCAUCAUAUAUAGCCUUUGAAGUCAUUUAUCUUAAAUAAUGAAUUAUUUUAAAGUUACUGAUACAAAUUGGAUAUUUCUUACAGAUUGGCUCUUCGCUUCAUUGCAUCAUAGAUGAAAAAAGGUUAGCUGGUUACUGCCAAGCUUGUGGAGUUCUUGCGCCUUCUGACAAUACUUCACAGCCAUCAACUCCUUACAGUCAAAUCCACAGCUGUUUAAGAUCUGGCAGUUAUCAGGUAAAGGAUUUGCAAAGCUUGAAUUGCACAUCAUGUGAUCCUUAUAUUAGUCUGCUUGUUUAUUCCUCAAGCAAGGUAAAAAGGUAAACGGUAAAUGACCCCUAGGUGGUUAAGUCCAGUCAAAGGCGACUACGGGGUGCGGCGCUCAUCUUACUUUUCAGGUUGAGGGAGCUGGUGUUUGUCACAGACAGCUUUCCAGGUCAUGUGGCCAGCAUGACUAAACCACUUGUGGUGCAACUGAACACCGUGACAGAAGCCAGAACGCAUGGAAACGCCUUUUACCUUCCCACCGCAGCAGUACCUAUUUAUCUACUUGCACUGGCAUGCUUUCAAACUGCUAAGUUGGCAGAACUGGGACAGAGCAGAGUGGUUUAGACCAGAGUGCCCCCCGCGUCCCUAUUCCUCAAGUAUAUUAUUAGUAGUAAGCAGAAUAUUAUUAAGUAGUCUGCUGUAUAUAGGAAUUGUUAUUCUCCUGAGAAUAAAAACCAGAUAGAACCAAAGCUGUCUCUUUUAAUUUUGUAUUGUAAUCAAUUGGUUACAUAAAUAACAAAAAAAGUUCAUUAUACUUUUAAAACCUUUUCAUAUUCUGAUUUUCGCAGCACGCUUUAUAUAUUGACAUGUUUUUAAGUUCAAAACAAUGAAAAAUAACAUUUCACAUCUGUAUAAGUUAAUUUAAUAUCUGUAUAAGUUGAGUUGUUGUUGCAGUAUCCAGUAAACUCGUUCCAGCUAACUUUGAAACUAUUCCGUCUUGGUGUUGGGCCAAAUGCCAUAUAUUGUCAAACUGAUUCAUCUUCUCUCUGCAUGUACUUCAGGAACUAGUGAAGAUUUUCCUUGAAGAUAACCGAACACCCAGUUUACCCGUUCAGUUCAGGCAAUCAGUUCUCAGGGAACUCUCCCAGAAAGCUCAACAAGGGUGAGAAAUAACUUGAAUGAAUCAUUCCGAUGCACGCUUUGCUUAACAGUUAAGGCCAGGCAGAAGGUAUAGAUUUCCGAGCAGUUGGCUCGGACCAGUUCCAAGCCAAUUGGUACUUUCAGCUCAUGGUUGACAACUUAAAACUCUGAGGUAAUUUGGCCUGAUUUGCUUGUAGUUCACAUUAUUUUUAAAAUGUUGAACUACUUGCUUUUCAUUAUUAGAACAGCAUUUCAAGCAGGAAUUGAAUAAUCCUAGGUGUCUGGUCCCUACUAUUCCCUUAGUGUGAAAAGAAUUGAAAUGUUUCAUUGGUUCAGUGCAGGGCUAACUUGUAAGCAUUCAAAGAGAACAGCAACUACCAGACUUUUAGAAGACAUCUGAAGGCAGCCCUUUUUAGGGAAGCUUUUAAUGUUUGAUGUAUCACAGUAUUUUAAUAUUCUUUUGGAAGCUGCCCAGAGUGGCUGGGGAAACCCAGCCAGAUGGGCUGGGUAUAAAUAAUAAAUUAUUAUUAUUAUUAUUACUAUUAUUAUUAUUAUUAUAUUCAAAAUGCAUUUGACGAACCCCCCCCCAACUAGGUUCGAAGCAUACGCUUUCUGUGUUUAUUUCUUCCAAAAAAAGAGUUAAGAAGCUGUAUUUUAUGUUGCCUCAUUGAGGAACAUCUCUGGGUUAUUUGUGGGGCAUAGGAAUUCGUUCAUCCCCCCCCCCCCAAAAAAAAUAUACUCCGGUCCACCACAUAGUUUGAGGGACGGUGGACCGGCCCACGGCUGAAAAGGGUUGCUGACCCCUGGUGUAUAUCUAUCCACAGUCCUGAUGCCAUAUUCAUAAUCUCUGUCUUCUAUCCUGAUGAUAAAUGUGCUUUGAGGUUUUUUACCAUACAAGUGCAUAAAUUUUAUGAAAUCAAUCAAACAAACAAACAAACAAACAAGAGAAUGGCUGGAAUGUGAAGGAUGAAUUGUUUGCCCCAUAUCUUACUGUCCAUCAAUACCUUUCUCAAACUUGCUUCUGCAGUAGCCCCUUCUGGGCAGUCAAGCUGCAUUCUGGAGUGUAAGAACUGUCCCUUGUGUCCUUUUAUGUGCUUUUCUUCUAACAGCAUGUGAACUUUCCGUAUUUUUCUAGGAAUGAUGUCUUGGAAGAAAUAUGUUUCAAGGUGUGUGUGUGCAACAGUGUUUGUGAUGUAAUGCAAGGCCGACCAGUUGGUGUCCACUUUAACCAGCUGUUUCUUAGACCCACCAAAGAAAAAAUAGACUUUCUCCUAGAGGUAUGGAAUUGUCCUCAGUUUUAGGCAUAUCUGCUUAAACUGUUUUCUAAGUUGCUUUUUAAAGCUACUGAAUACAGCUUUUUGGUCCUAAUGCACUUUUUAAGUGCUAUGCUUUUCAGUGUUGCAUCUGAACUAAUGGGUACUACUUACUUUUAAAAUAUGUGUUACUUAGUUUUGUGGCUAUGAAAUCAUUAGCCGUUCAGUUAUGGUAUUGGGUAGCAGAUUGGUUGACUAGAUACAUCUCCUUACCAUUUAAUUAUUGGUUAGAGUUAUCAGACAAUUGAGUGUAUACACUUAACUGCUUCAGAAGGUACACAACCAGCAUGUGGAAGCCACAAUACACAGUAUGUUUUCAGAUUGCCCUCACCCAAAUGAACUAAUGUUAUGAAUGUGAAAAGGUUAUCUGCUGGCUAGCUUUAAGUCUGCCUUGACAAAUACUUCAGGUAAAUAUCUGCUCUUUCAUGGGAUUGAUUCAGACAUUCAGUAGCAUGCAGGGCUGCAUUUGUGUAGAGGUGUUGUACUUAUGAACCACUAAAUCCAUCUGGGAUCUUAUAACAUUUCAUAUCGCUGUUGUUAGAAUGUUUUUUUUCUCAGUGGCUAGCAUGCUAUCUUUAUUACUCCUCUUUUGCAUACUCUUUUGAGGGAGCUUAUGAAAAUGUCUAUUUUCUGAAGGAGUAUACGCAAUAUGAAAAAACAAUUAAAUGUGUGUGCUUUUGUUUUUGUUUUAAGCUUACUUAAUUUUUCACUAAAGCUCAAUUCAGUAUUUCAACUUUGCAGGUAUGUUCAAAAUCAAUACAAGUAGAAAGUGCUUCAGAAUCCUCAAAAAGGAAAAUGGCCUAUUUUCUGAAGUAAGUAUGCAAUAUUAGAUUACUUGCAGUCCUCCUUAAAAAGUUGAUUAGUAUCUUUCAUUCAGGGAAGUAGUUAAGUGCUAAGUAUAUCAGGUCCUAAGAUAUCAUUGGUACCAAGGAAGAAACAACAUAAUAGUGUUUGUCUGUAAGCUAAAUAGGCCUCAGACGUUUUCUCAGCUUCAACAAAUUCCCACAUGUGCCACUUCUAAAAGGUGGGGUGAUAACUGCUGGUGUAAUUCGUGGUCAAACCUAAGCUAAAUAACUCUUAUGUAGAAUGCUUUUUGUUCAUUGCCAUGAUCCACUCUAGGUAGGUGAUUCAAAAGGCAGUUGUAAUUAAGACCUGCUGAUUUCCUUAGCCGUUGCUACACAAGAUACCAGUGUCUCAACAACUACCUUUCUCAUGUGGUCAGUUGGACACCUGGCAUGAUUCACUGUAAACGCAGUGAUUAGUGAAUAGCCCCUUGUUUAAAAACAUCUUUGAAUGUAUAUUCCAAAUGUCAUGCCACUACAAACUACACAAAGUGCUGCAAUUUCUGUUUCUGCUAAUCUUUGCUUAAUGAUACCUUUGAUUGUUUUUUACAGAAAUCUCUGUUUGGGUUUGGAAGACCUUCAACUUGUCUUCAUGAUUUCCUCCCAUGAGCUCUUCAUAGCGUUGCUGAAAGAUGAUGAACGAAAGCUGCUUAUUGAUCAAAUGAGGAAAAGGUCACCUCGAGUCAACUUAGGCACUAAGCCUAUAACUUCAUUUUAUGAUAUUCCAGGUUAUUUCCCCCCCCCCCUUAAAAUAUUCCUUGAUAGCUUUUUUUCUGAAGACAAAUGACAGUCCUGCAGUAAGUUAAGCCCUGAGCGAAGAAGUAAUCGGCUUAUGCAACAAGUUGCUAUAGUAUGUGUUUUGGCAGUUAUUGUAAAUUCCUGUUAGCCAUCAUAGAUUGCUAACAUUGCAACCUGCAUAUUCAGAAGCCAUGCACUUCUGACUACCAGGUGCUAGGGGUUCCAGCUCAAUAUGGGAUAUCUACAGGCCUGCAGUUCACUACUCAAUCUGCAAUAGUUAUCUCCCUGGCAAGCAUCUGAGUGAAAAAUCUAAACUGCACACCUGUAGCCAGUAGAGUACUGUUGCUUGCUGCGCUCUGGCUUGAAAGAGUUGAGAUAAUGGGACUAGCCGGUGCUAGGUUGUGAAGAUGGUGCUAUUGUCUUUUGCUUUAAGGGCUACUGGCCCUUCAGGGCAGAAAUGAGAGUGGUAGAACCAAGCAUACAAUCUCUCAAGGUGCUCCUAGGAGCAGGAAAGAGAUCUUUCUGCUUGCCUUCCCAGCUUAAUUCAGGGAGGCACAGAAUUGGACUUACAUGGCUUUCUGAGCUGCAGCUAGGAUGACCCAGAUUUACUUGGGAGUUGAGUUGGAGAGCUUAGAGCAGGAAAGAGGCAUCAUCUUGGGCAUUAUGUGAAACAGUGGGAUAUUGCUGUCAUGCCGUAUUUCUGAGACUGAGAUUCUCUUAGAGAUUAUUUAUCGAUCCCAAGAGUCUAUUCGUUUAUUGUUGUAACCCAAUGCAGAAUUUUCAUUUUCCCUGUCUUGAAAAGGAUGACCAAACACAGUGUGGAUGUGUGGGUGGUAGGUACAGAAGUGUAACGUUUUUAGGGAAUCCAAAAUUAAUGUGUCCUGAGGGCUAUGACUACAAAGAGUCUUGAUGCCCCCUGAAGGUUCCUGUGUAUGUCUGUGUCUACGUAUGGCAAUGACAUUAGCACUGUACAUUCAAACAUUUAUAUGAUGGAUAGCAUUAAUUAAAGUGAUUUCAUUUUGGUGUAAAAUAAAAGCAUCUUUAGUUGAGCCAUCUUUUCUUAAAAAUGUCAAUCUUUUGUCUGUUGCCUCCAGUUAGUUAUAGCUUGGUUCAAGGAAAACUCAAUAUGAUAAAUUGCUCAUUGACCUCCGUGAUACUUUCUCUUCCAGCCUCAGCAAGUGUGAAUAUUGGUCAGCUUGAACAUCAGCUUAUAUUAUCAGCUGAUCCCUGGAGGAUCCGCCAAAUUUUAAUUGAAUUGCAUGGCAUGACAUCAGAACGCCAGUUCUGGACAGUUUCUAACAAGGUACUUUUAAUUUUUUGACUACCGUAUUUUUCCGUUUAUAAGACACCCCCAUGUAUAAGAUGGCCCCUAUUUUUGGGGACUAAAUUUAAAGAAAAUGAGGGGAGAUGGCCCAAAGUUGUUGAGCUUUUUUUAGGGGGAAUUGCAUGAGCACAAUCACCCCAGUAGGGCUGUUGCUAGGGGUUGGCAAAGUGGGCAGCCGCUCCCCAGACACCACUGCAGCCAGAGUAAGCUCCUUAGAGCACACGCUUCCCACAGCAGCAUGGGGGAGGGAAUUGCGCACCCACCCCAGUUUUUUGAGAUGAUUCUUGAGUCAAAAAACCUCGUCUAAGACAUGGAAAAAUAAGGAAAAUUAUUUAAAUGUGAGCUAUAUUACAGUUAUUGAUUUCUGUGUUGUUGCUUUUUCUUAGUGGGAAGUGCCAAAUGUUUACGGCAAUGUAAUCCUAGGGAUCAAAGAUAAUUUGACCAGGGAUUUGGUCUACAUCCUUAUGGCAAAGGGGCUACACUGCAGUACAGUCAAGGUGAGGUAAUCAUUAUCUUGCUAAUAAGAAUCUUGCCAAUUACCAUUAUGGAAUGCUACUAAUAACUAUUACUAGGACUGAGUAUUAUGUUGUUGGAGAUUAAGCAUGUGGGGUUUUUUUAAAAAAGAUGGUGCCACUUUCCUAUUCGUCAUGGUUGUUCCCUUCACUGCGAUUUCCAGUGUCUUGGUCUUAGGGCCCAAAUGGCAUAUUUGAGUUGCUCAUAAAGCCACCAGCGUUAUGAGAGGGAAGUGUGGCUGACUGUUGUAAUUUUAGGCUGUGCGCCUAAUUUGCUCCAUGUUCCUUUUGCCUGAAGACUACUGGCCUUUCAAGUGGGGUGGGAUAGGUUUGUGGAUGGGUUUCCCACUGUAUAUCAGCAAUAGGUGCUCUGGAAUUGUUCUGCCUUUUCUGGGCAGAUCUGUUCUCACAACUGAGAAAGAGGCGUAGCUGGCUCCAUAGCCUGCAUUGCUGCGCAGAGCAAGGCAAUUAUGAGCAUGAAAACAUUGUGCUCCAUGCAAUAUUUAGAUAUUUAAAAACCUACUACUUUGACUUUCCUUAUUUUCUAUGGGUUGAUUUCAGUUUCUGUGGUUCAAAGUAAUAAUUUCAAAAGCCUACUAGCCCUUUAAGACAGGAUGGAGAUAGUCAUGUGAUAGACAGUCAUGAUGCAGCACAGUGAUCUUCAUAGGCUAUGGGGGCAUGGACACCAUUGAUUUUUAUCCCAGCCUUCUUAGCAGCAACCAAAAUCAUGAGUGUGGAAUUUAAUUAUUCCCUUUGCCUCCACCAAAACAAACCACCACUUUAGCAAGCGUAUUGCAUUAUGUGCUUCUGUAGGCUAAAUGUUUUAUUACAGGACUCUGGACUUUUUGUUGUAGUACAGUGGUACCUCAGGUUACAUACGCUUCAGGUUAUAUACGCUUCAGGUUACACACUCCGCUAACCCAGAAAUAGUGCUUCAGGUUAAGAACUUUGCUUCAGGAUAAGAACAGAAAUUGGGCUCCGGCGGCGGCAGGAGGACCCAUUAGCUAAAGUGGUGCUUCAGGUUAAGAACAGUUUCAGGUUAAGAACGGACCUCCGGAACGAAUUAAGUACUUAACCAGAGGUACCACUGUACAUGAAUGUAGCUACUGUCAUCGUCCCCCCCAAAAAACCCCACUCUACGUGCAACUAGAAGAGAAAUAGGCAAACUCCUCACACUGUUGUUUUUUUUAAUUGUUAUUAUUACAGGAUUUUGUCCAUGCAAAACAGCUUUUUGCCGCUUGCCUUGAACUUGUGACAGAGUUUUCUCCAAAGCUACGCCAAGUCAUGCUGAACGAGGUGCUACUUUUGGACAUUUAUUCCCAUGAAGCAGGAGCAGGGCUUUUGGGAGAAACACCCCCCUCUAACCUGAUCAGCAGAGUUCGAGGUUACUUAGAAAUGAGGGUUCCUGGUAAGAAUGCUUGGCUAAUUAUGUGAGAAAACUUCUUCAGAAGCUUAGGAUCAGAGGAGGGGAAAUACUCCACAACUGAUAGAUAUUAGCUUGUAAUCCGAGUGAAUGAUUUUAUUUGUAUUCUCCAAUCCUGGUGCUUGGGGGAAGGAUGUCAGCAGGAUGCUGAAGUAACAUUGAUGCACUUCAAUCUUUAUUGCUGUCAAUUUUAAUUAUAUUUAAAUGUUUUAACAGAUUUUAGCUUCUUAAUGAUAAUUUUAAUGUUUCUUGUAAACAAACGGCUUAGAGGUUUGACUGCAAUAACGCGGUAUAUAAAUUUUCUCAAACAAAUAAACAUGAUAUGCUUGUAAACAUGUAAGACGUUAAAAGUAUCUAAUCAGUUGCUCUUUAAAAAUAUUGUUUUAGAUAUUCCACUUCGACAAGUUGUAGCAGAGGAAUGCGUUGCCUUUUUGUUGAAUUGGAGGGAGAAUGAGUACUUAACGAUGCAAGUUCCUCUCCCACUGGUUCAGACCAAUCCUUAUGUGAAGGUAAGGCAUGCUUUGGAACUGACUACCAAUACAUUUGUAUAAAUCCUAAACUGUCUCCAGACUUACCUGUUAUUCUGUUCAAAUGCACCCAAAUUAAUGGAACUUUAUUUUUCAACAACAUUUGCUUGAACUCAUCUGUCUAGAUAUAGAUAUAGAUUGCAUAUAGAUAUAGAUAUAGCUACACCCAUACAUAUACAUAUACACAUACCAUAUUUUUCACUCCAUAAGACACACUUUUUCCCUCCUAAAAAGUAAGGGGAAAUGUGUGUGCGACUUAUGGAGCGAAUGCAGACGGGAGGCUCUGCUCAGUGCUCCCUUUAAAGAGCCGCGUGGAGUGUGUGUGCGGCUCUUGGGGGCUUUUCUGCGAGGUGGGAGAAGGGACUGACGGGCUGCCCUCUGUCCCUUCCCACACCUCCUGGGAAAGCCAGCAAGAGCCGCUGCCGGGCUCUGCUCAGCGCUCCCUUGUAAGGGCUCCCUUUCAUCCCUCAUCCUGCUUUGCUGGGAAGCCAGCAGAACAAGAGGCACUGCACAGCUAUCGCUCUUGCUCUACUGGGUUCAGUGAGAGUUGUGCAGCUUGCUCUGCUGGCUUCUCAGUGAAGCGGGAGGAGGGAUGGAAGGGUUUAAAGCAAGAAAAGCGAGAGCCGCUUACAUGCUCUGUGCAGAAUAUUUUAUUUCUUGCUUUCCUCCUCUAAAAACUAGUUGCGUCAGCGAAAAACACGGUACACACAGUGCUUUUUUUCUAAAAUAAUGUUUAGGGGUACUCUCAUUUUGACUCAAGAAAAUCACCAUUUGAUAGUUCAAAUUGGGAAACAUAAAAACAGUAAAUGGACAAAAGUACAAAGAUUCACAAAAUGUGGUAUGUGCUAAACUUGUUGAAAUUCUAAAUUUCAAAAGCACGUGUUAUAUGAGGUGUAAGAGUUUGUCUGCUGCCAGGAAAGAGUAAAACAUUCUGGACAUGCACAAGCAACUUUGGGUUUCCCCGAAGUAGGUCUCUGGGUUGUGUAGCUGAGGAUUUCUUUGCCAGAUUUGAUUUCCUAGCUGUAACCAGGCAUAGAUUGCUGGAAAAAGAAACAGCGUGCCUUGAGAGCUUUCAAAGGCUGACUGUUCCUUCUUGGUGGUGUGUUUUGCUUAGCUUGGACAGCUUUUGGCUGCCACAUGUAAAGAUCUUCCUGGACCCAAAGAAAGUAGACGGGCAGCGAAAGACCUUUGGGAGGUGGUUGUACAGAUCUGCAGUGUAACCAACCAACACAAACGAGGGAAUGAUGGCAGAGUGAGCUUAAUAAAGCAGAGAGAUUCAACGUUGGGCAUAAUGUACAGGCAAGUUGCUAUAGUUUUUUUAAAAAUACAACUCAAAGCCAAAAUAGGUGUCUUCUGAACAUGGGUGUACCUGUAGCCAACAUUAGGAAGAGCUACAACAUUGCUCCACCCCUAAAUUGAUUCUAAUUAAAUUAAUUAUUGCAUAGAUUAAUUGAAUAUAUGGGUGGGGAGGGGAAAGAGUAAACUGACCUGCUUAUUUGAGCCCCUUAGAGUUUAUAGCACCCUGUUCUGGGGUUGAAGAUACACUUUUGCAUUUUGGUUCAGGUCUGAUGGUUGAUUGUACAUUGUAGUUCCUGUUGUAUUAAAAUUUGCUUUUAAAACCUUUUACAAAUAAAUUGAGUAAAUAUAAAUAAUGAAUUACUUUAAAUAAUUGAUAACAGUAACCACAUGUCUUCUAUUAUUUAGGAGUGAGCUGCUCUCUUUUAUCAAAAAGUUGCGGGUGAGUUUGGAGCUAAAGUUUUUGCAAUGGACUAACCCAGUAAAAAAAACACUGUUGCAGGAAAAUACUUUGCGGGCGGAUAUUAUCUUUUUCUUGAGAAAUGUGUUACUUCCUCAUCCUUCGUUCAAAGGGAGUUGUAACAGGAGAUGCAUUCCCCUUUGUCAAGACAAGUUUGCCAAAUUCCAGAUAGAUGCUAGAAUAAAUGUAAUAAACUGAAGCAAAUCAAUCAAACUCCAGAGAGAUGGGUGACUACUUCUGUGUGCUCAGUGGACAGUCCCCUUUUUCAAAUUGACUCUGCCUCUAUUGUUUAGGUUGCUUGUUUUAUCAUUGAUUUAACAAAGAGGCUGCAUUUGACUCCACAAACUGAGAAAUACAUAGAAUGAAAAUUAUAGAAUCACAGAAUUGUAGAAUUGGAAGGGAUUCUGAGAAUCAUCUAGCACAGCCCCCUCCAAUGCAGGAAUAUGCAGCUGUACCAUCUGGGGAUCAAACCUGCAACAUUUGCAUUACCAGCACCAUGUUCUGAGCUAUCCAGGCUUAGCUAUAUAUUGUAUAUUACCAAUAAUAUACACCAGACUUUCUAGAAACAACAGUGCAGUGGUAGGAAACAAGCUCCCUGUUCUGGAUAGAAGGAAUACUACUAGCCCAUCCCUAAACAUGCAGCUGGCCAUAUAAAAUUUUGCCUACAGAUAAAUAGCUUGGGUAACUUACCUAAGAAUUGCUACUUAGUGUUUUAGUGUUGUUAGCCGCCCUGAGCCCGGCUUCGGCUGGGGAGGGCGGGAUAUAAAUAAAAUUUAUUAUUUAUUAUUAUUAUUAUUAUUACUUAAAUAUAUUUUCGCAAGUAAUUGCAAGAACGCCUGUUCUGUACAGUGCCAUAUUUUUAAAUGUUGGUGAGAUUUGGAAAGGCAGUCGUUUUAAUCAAGUGUGCAUCGUAGGCCAUGCAGCUUUUUUUAUUAUUUAGACUUGAGAAAUGCAAAGAAUGACACGCAUCUCUUGCAAAAUGGCCUUAACCUGUGUGUGAAGUUGUAUAAUUUUCUACGACAUGUAAUAUCCUUAUCAGUAAUCUAAGAGGCUAUGUAUAUAGAUUUCAUUUCAAAGUUGUAUAAGCAUUUUGAAAGUUUGCAAAGAAAAACUGGAUUUCCCUGACACUGAAAAGAAGCAUUGUAUCAUGUACUUUUGUUUUUCCGCUAUAGGAGCCUCUAGUUUUGACAACAAUAUUAUCUUUGUUUGUCAAGCUUCAUAAUGUUCGGGUAAGUGCAGUACUCUUCUUAUCAUAAAUAUUUGACUUUGAUGUCUGCCUCUCGGACUCAUUUCCCAUAUCAUAUUCUUUCCUCUUCUAGGAAGACAUUGUGAAUGAUAUUACCGCAGAACAUAUUUCUAUUUGGCCAUCAUCCAUUCCUAAGUAAGAAAAUUGUUUUUGUUCCAAUUAUAAUUGCGAAAUGUGCUUUUCUGGGGAUCUGCAGAUUGCUUCUUGGUCCUGAGUGUCUUGUUUCAAGGGUUGUCUAUGUGUUACCGUAUUUUUUGCUCCUUGAGAUGCACUUUUUUCCUCCUAAAAAGUAAGGGAAAUGUCUGUGCGUCUUGUGGAGCGAAUGUGUGGUCGAUCGCUGGCUCCCUUUCUGGCCCCGCCCCCUUGCCCAGGCCUCCAUUGUUGAAUGUUCUGCUGACUGGCUGAUUAGAUUAUUUGUCAGGAAACUGCAGAAACGGCUCCCUUUCCUUUCCUAAAGAAGCUGCAGAACUGUGAGUUGAACCCCAUAAAAACAGGAUUUUUUUCCCUUUGCAAAGUAAGCUCAACAACUUUGAGCUGAUCCUCAAAAAAGGGAUCUUUUCCCCUUUACAAAAGAAGCUGCAGAACUGUGAGCUGAUCCCCCAAAAAUGGGGCUUCCCCCCUUUCCUUCUCUAAAAACUAGGUGCGUCUUAUGAUCAGGUGCAUCUUAUGGAGCGAAAACUGCGGCAAUUAUAUUUUAACAGUCUUUCAGGAACAACUCUGUGCCUUCCAUUUUAAAGAAUAAAAAGGCUUUUCUGUCAGUUAUGCAAGGAACUACACCUUCCAUUCUGUUUUCCCCAGAGAGGGCAAUGCCUUUUUGUUAAAUUUAGAAUAUUUAGGGCUUGAUGCCUUUUGGAUGUGCUUGACUAACUACUCUCAUAUGGUAAUGAGCCUUUCUCAAAGCUUAUGUGACAGCGGGUGAUGCCUGAGGAGGACUCUGAGUUUGUUAGGGGAAUUGGAUAAUGAUCAGCCUGGAGAGACUAUGACAAAUGAAUAUAUAUGGAACGUUAUGGGGCAAUUCCCCAUCCUUCCUAGGGUGGCUCAAGCCAGUUUUGGCAGUGCAUCAUGUAGGAUGGUAACUGUACAUCUUAAGCCUGGAGCCAGUCUAACACCAAUAAUGGAAUCCCUGUCUGCUCUAUGUAACUCCUGGUUGAUGUGUUUUGUUGGAAUGGCUGUGAAAUGCAUUCUGAACAGUUGGAAAGAGAGUUAUUUAAUCCUGGCUGAUAAUGGUGAGGGAGAAUAGGAGAAUUAAUGAAGUGGAAAACUGCUCAUGACUUCUUUCCUGUGUGACUAGACCACUGUAAUAAGAUUGCAUUCUUCUUCUUCUUUUAGAUUUACACACCACCCUUCUUCAAAAGAUCUUAGGGCGGUUCACAAAAUAAAAAUACAAGAUAAAAGCACAAAUAAUUAGUUGAAACAGAAACAAAAAAAUCAGUAACCCCCCCUUUCCACAAACACAUUUAAAAGGCUGUAGAAUAUUAAUAAGAAAAUACAUUUUCUUAUGUUUCCACCCUCUGUGGCGGGGGCACACGAAGAAGAGCCUCAGAUGAUGAAUUCAGAGUCUGGGUCAGUUUAUACGGGGAGAGGCAGUCCUUGAGGUAUUGCAGUCCUGAGUCAUUUAGGGCUUUAUAGGUCAAAACCAACACUUGGGCCCAGAAAUGAAUUGGCAGCCAGUGCAGUCAGGCCAGGAUCAGUGUAAUAUGCUCAAACCAACUUGCCCUGGUGAGCAACCUGGCUGCCAAAUUCUGCACCAGCUGCAGACAAAAAUGAAGUGGCUCAUGCUGCAGCCUGGCUGUAAGACUCUUGCUUCUUCCUGAUCACACUUAACAUGCCCAAGUGGUGGCAUUUCUGUGAUCCUGGGGUACUUUAAUCAUACACAGGAAAUGUGUUUAAAUAGUGCAUGACGAUGUGAGAGUUUAAUUACAUCUUUAAAAUUUAAGCGCUACAGUUUCAAUUUAAAAGUAGGUGACGAAUGUUAUAAAAUGUUUUGUCUUUUCAGCUUGCAGUCAGUGGAUUUUGAAGCUGUAGCUGUUACUAUCAAAGAGUUGGUCAGUUAUGCACUGACUGUAAAUUCAAAUAAUCACUUCUGGUUAAUCAUUCAAGCAGAUAUUUAUUUUGGUAAGUUGAAUGAACUUCUUCCUCUCACUCUUUCAUUUGUGUUGCUGGCUGUCUUCACACACACACACACAUAUAUAUCUUGUUAUGUAAGAUAUAAGGAAAGAUUUGGUGAAUAAUAGACUCCUCUGGAAGCAAUGCCUGGAAUCGCAAGUAGGGCGUUCUGUCUCAUGAGUAGUCAUUCUUCUUGGAGAGCAGCUUCAAAAAUAAACAGGUUACCAGCCUGCUUAAAAGGUUUGAUUUGACUGCACACAGGUGGUGGUGUAGUGACAAUAAAGGUUUAUUAUUUAUUAUUAUUAUAAAAGGUUUGUAGCUGCACUUUCAUGCAGAAAGGAAUCUUCUUCCUCCACAGCCAGUACAGAAAUGUAGGCUUACUAGACCAGGCUUCCUAGCAAGCAGGACCUGUGGUCAGGGAUGAUGGGACUUGUAGUCUCAAAAACAUCUGGAGGGCCGAGUUUGAGGAAGCCUGGACUAGACUCUUAACUAAAAAUAUGUUUUUUACCCUUGCUUCCUUAGUUGCCAUAAUAAAUACUAACUACUGCUGUCUUCAGUUAAUCUUACCUACUGCAUGCUGUUUCAAGAGUCAGGAGAAAAAUUGAAAAUGCUUAGUGAAUUAGUGUGGCAUUUACUGCUUGUGUUUUUAUUGCUCUCUCCCCAAUGCAGCAACCAAUCAGUACUCUGCUGCUCUUAACUACUAUCUUCAAGCAGGAGCUGUGUGUUCGGAUUUCUUUACCAAAAUGGUACCGCCAGAUGUAUAUACAGAUCAGGUGAGUUACAUGUCAGCGUACAGGCAAAAGAUGUUCUGCUUCAACAUAAAAUAGGGCUCUGAUUUUCAAAGUUUGAUAACACAAGUUCAGUCGAUGGGUUUCCCUAGGCUCUGAGCAGUUCCAGAGCCAAAGAAAUCUAGUUCUAGGUAAACCAGAAGCCUGUAGAAAUUCAUGUUGAGCAAAAGGAUAAUUGAUAUAGUUGCCAGAUAUAUUUGCUCUGUUACUUUAUUAUUUCUAGCUUCAGCCAAAAAAAGUAGCAGGCUAAGUGCUUUGUUGAGGGGUUAGUUGUAUCUGGAGUAUCCGAUGAUUAUGUCAGAUGAUUGGAUACAUUAUAGACUUACUAAAAAUGGUAUAUCAAUUUCUCUCCAGGUGAUAAAACGAAUGAUAAAAUGUUGUUCUCUGCUCAACUGCCAUACGCAGGUAAGGCAUGUAUCCGCUGUGUACCUAGAAACAAGUCCUACCAAUAUAAGUCUGCUAGAAUAAAAAACAGACUUGUAUAGUAUAAUAUAUAUUGCAGUAUAAUAUAAAUGAAAUAUGAGCCUCCCUUAUCAGGAGUUAGUGACAUAGUUACAUUUUAUCAACUCUCAAUUUUUCUAGGUAGCCAUUUUGUGCCAGUUUCUUAGAGAAGUAGAUUAUAAAACUGCAUUUAAAGCACUUCAGGAGCAAAACAGGUAAGCAAGGUUUUAUAUUUCCACAUACUGUGCAUUUGAAUGCAUUGACAUACAUUAACUAAAGGUUUCUUUCUUAGCCAUGAUGCAAUGGACUCCUAUUAUGACUACAUCUGGGAUAUUACCAUCUUGGAAUACUUGACAUGUAUCCUUUUAUAAAAACAGCCACAUGGGAAGGUUUGAAAACCAGGGUGGCUUAUACUGUUGAAUUGUGCUCACAGAAGGAUCCUUUCCAUCAAAGUAUAUAAACGUCACUUAAUUUUUUUCUGCUGUAUGAUUCCACGAUUCUAUUUUGUUGUAUUUAUGACAUUUUUAAAUGGUUUAUUUUACUAAGAUGAAAAAGAUAAUAAAGCAGAACUUCCAUUCAUAGUAUUUAAUAAUUGUGAGAGGCUAAAGGAUCUGAAAACUGUCUAUAUAAAAGUCCUGCUCAUUGUAUUUCUAGGUUUCCUUAACUGUAUUUCAGACCUUCAUCAUAAGCGAGGAGAGACAGACAAGAAACAAAUAGCAGUAAGUUGCUGUUUAAGUUUCUUUUCUAGACUUAAUAGUACCUCCCUUUUGCUACUCUGUGCUUUCUUCUGUGCAGGCAUUACAUAAACAAUAUGCAUUGCAUAUAAAACAUUGAAAUGAUUCUCAGAACUUGCUUAUUGCCAGUACUAACUUAUGCUGAUGCUUGUUUCAAUACUUAGAUUAAAGCUAUUGGGCAGACUGAGCUGAAUUCCAGUAAUCCGGAAGAAGUGCUACAGCUUGCUGCUCAAAGACGGAAAAAGAAGUUUCUUCAAGCAAUGGCAAAGCUUUACUUUUAG